AUGCUAAUCGUUACUUCUCUUGAUCAAGCAAAAUCCAAGAACGAAGUUAAUGAAAAUAAUAGUAAAUACGAGGAACAUAAUAACGAUUCUGGUGAGUGUGGUAAAGAAUUUUCUAAAGUUCAAAAAAAUCUUGCUAAAGUUUCACAAGUACAAAAAACUAUGAAUAUUUUGGGAUCUGCUGUAACGGCAAUUAAACCCCGUAAUGAUGAUAGUUUUAUUGAUAGACUUAAUUAUUAUUAUUCUACUGUUAUUAUUAUGGUUAUGAGUUUAACAAUUUCAGCUAAACAAUAUGUUGGCCAACCUAUACAAUGUUGGGUUCCAGGUGAGUUUUCUAAAGCAUGGGAACAAUAUGCGGAAAAUUAUUGUUUUGUUCAUAAUACGUAUUGGGUUCGUCCAAAUGAAGAUAUACCACAAGAUUAUAAUGAAAGAAUUAAUAAACAAUUAAUUUACUAUCAAUGGGUACCUUUUUUAAUGGCAUUACAAGCAGUUUUUUUUUAUAUACCAAUUCUUUUUUGGGGAGCAAUAAAUAGGAUGUCUGGAUUGAAUGUUCCUAAUGUAGUUAGAUUAGCUGAGUGUGCUGCUGAUACUGAGGAAGAUGAAAGAUCUAAAAAUAUUACAGCUAUAUGUACACAUAUAGAAGAUUCUAUAAGAAUGCAAAUAAAUCAUCGAAAGACAGCAUCUCCAUGUGAAAGAGUUGUCAAAUUUGGUCUUUAUGAUGGUUCAUUUAUUAGAAAUAUGUAUAUAAUUACCAAAUUAUUAUUUAUAUGGAAUCUUUAUAUACAAUUUUAUUUAAUGAAUCUUUUUCUUGGACAAAAUAGUACAUUAUGGGGUGCUAGUAUAUUAUAUGAUAUAGCAACAGGUAAAAAUUGGGAAUAUAGUGGAAAUUUUCCUAGAACAGCUAUAUGUGAUUUUAAUGUUCGUGUUCUUGGGAAUGUUCAACGAUAUAGUAUACAAUGUGUCUUAGUACUUAAUAUGUUUAAUGAAAAAAUAUUUCUUUUUAUUUAUUGGUGGUUUGUUUUUGUUGGUAUUCUUACAACAGGCGAAGCAAUAUUUUGGCUUAUUAACACUCAAGUAUUAAAUAGAAGAAUUGAUUAUGCUUCAAAGCAUAUACCAUUAUCAGUAAAAGAUAAAAAAUUAUUUCAAAAAUUUUGUGAUCAAAAAAUAAAUACAGAUGUAAUAUUAAUAUUUCGCCUUAUAUCAAUGCGUACUAAUGAUCUUAUUGUUUCUGAUGUUUUACAAAUGUUAUGGUCAAUCUACAAAACUAGAUCUCAUUUAGAUUCUGUAUCUAUUGCUUCAAAUGUUGAAAAUUAUUCAGAUGGUGUUAAAUAUACAAGUAUAGAAAAAUAUUCUUUAAAUAAUAUUAAUCAUAGAUAUAAUUAUUCAAAAAGUCCCCAAUUUUUAAAUAGUCCUGAUACUGAUAGUUUAAUAAAAUAA